AUGAGCAUACGGCAAGGCCACUACAAGUCGCGAUUCCGACAGCCCCAACCCGAGCUCUCAGGGUACGCCGAGGGCCACGGCGAGAGGAUCUGGGUGUUUCACCAAGUUCGAACUCACCAAAUUGUCUAUUCUCACUCCCAUGUCCUUGAUGCCCACAAAGCGUUGAAGCAAAUCCCCUUUGCGGGAAAGAAGACCCGACCGGCCAAGAUCCGGAAGGAUCUGUGGCGACCGCUCGCCGUCCUCGAGUUCCCCAAGGGAAUGGGUGCCGUCGGACGCUCAGUCUUUGCCAAACUGCGCGAGUUUCGCAGACGCCACGAACUCGAAUGGGAGGACGACGUAUACUUUGAGAUGCGGCCCGACGGCAACAGGAGAGUCCUGACGCGACAGCAAAGAGGCCUCAAGAUCCACGAGCAGCUGCCCAACGCGGUCGCUGAUAUGGCGGCGGUUCUGAGCGGCAUCGGAAAGUCAAACAAGAUGUGGCUCGAAGCGCCCCCACGAAAGAGGCCGCAACCGAGGCUGGAGACGCGGCGGGCGAGGGCCACCAUCUUCUGGUCCAACGGCAUCUUCAAGCACCACGCGAGGGAUUGGACCCCCAAUGUCAUUCAUGGCGCCAUGGAUGAUACUAUGAAGGAUUAG